AUGUAUAAAAUUUCAAUAUGUCAAACCUUUUUACUUUAAGAAUUGGCCAUGGCUACAUUAAUAAAUUUAUAAUAGAGAGCAUUUCCAGGUGUUAUUCUGUUUUUCAGAUCUAAUUACAAGCAUUUUCCCAAUAAAUCUUUGAAUUACAAAACCAUUUUUAAUGUUCAACAUUCAACCCUGAUUCCUUAUUCUUCAAAAGGGUGCUAAUAGUACUUGUCGGCUUAUCCCCAAUAACACUGGCUUCAAAAUUACCUGUCUAGUGUUAGAAUCGAUUAAUCUGCUUAUAAAUUUAAGAUGCUAAUCAAAAUAUUUUUAGACUAAAACAGAUCGGUUCAACAUUUUCAUAGAUGGGUUUGA